UUUCGGUCGUAUUGGUCGACUUGUUCUUCGGAGUUCGCUGAACAAUCCGAAUAUUCAAGUUGUGGCUUUAAAUGAUCCUUUCUUGGACCUCCAGUAUAUGAUUUAUCUUUUCAAAUAUGACUCGACUCACGGACGCUUUAAGGGACGCGUUGAGGCCAAGGACGGUAAAAUGGUUGUGAAUGAUCAUGAAAUAACCGUUUUUGCAGAAAGAAAUCCUGCAGACAUCAAGUGGGGUGAGGUUG